CCUAACCCCACUGUUGAACUUGACUUAUGAUAGUAAUAAUUACCUAGGUACUUAUCAGAUCCUGGAUAUCGUCAUUUCGUCACGUGGUAUGCAUUAUAUGCAUCAUAUGCACUUUAUACAUAGCCCUCAUUAAAUUCAUACAUCCAUAAAUACAUACAUGCAUACAAGUCUUCAACUCCAAGCAUAAUGCGUCUUGGCUGUUUCCUAUCCAAUUAACAACCAAACAUAGCUUCGAUUCGAGAACAGGACAAAACUGAGCUCGAGAAUCAUGAAGCUUCAAAGCUUCCUACUAACAGCCUUGGCUGGCAUUGCCACUGCUUCCAACACAAACGAGGAAUCACAACAAGCAGAAGUCUAUAUUAUCAAGUUCGAAGGACCUCCGAACCGUCCCAAGCCGAAAUCACAACCUCCCUCGUCCGUGUCGAAUGAGGUUGCCCAAGCCAUCAUCCUCCAACGCCUCAGCACCCCAGAGGAAUCCGUGCCUUUAGGCCAGUUGCCCGACUCUAUUCCUUUAGACGAAUCCUUACGUUACAUUAAUCGAUUCGGAAAGCUCCUACGACCCGUGCUUUGGAGCCCUGAGAGCUGGCCCGAACCUCGCCAACUCGUCGUCGCCUUCACUGGCGUUACGCCUGACAAUUACAAUGAUAUCAAGACCGCCGUAUCCGAUGUGCCUCUUGCCGUUUCCGCUCCUGGUCUGAGCCGCCUACCAAUUGAGGCAAAGAAGACAAGCUGUACAUUUGAACAAUUCCUCAACCUCCAACCUGGCGGCGUUGAUGCUGGUAAAUGCUGGAAUGGUCCUGUACAAUAUCUUGAAUAUGAUGUUACCAAGAAUUCCGAUGCUGUUACCGAACUAGGACGGAAUCUGAAAUCACUCAAGACUUUAGCCCAAGAGCUCCAACUAGACACCACCAUCGUAUUCUUUGCACCCGCCGAUGCCAAUUCGCUCGACUCUGAAUCGGAACUUAGGCGUCGAUCCGAUGAGAAAGAGACCGAGAAAGUCAUCGCCCCCAAUGCCGAAGUGACGCAUAUCCCGACGGCCGAUGCGAGCUUCAACCCAUCUAACGACCUAACUGGCAAGCCUUUCCACGCGUUUGCUGCGGGUGGCGUUUCGCCCUCAAAGAAGACAAAGCUCCUCCCGACCUGCUUCAGUAGCCUGAACGCGUGCACCAACGCAACGAACAGCUGCUCGGGACACGGACAAUGCGUCGACAAAUGGGCCAAGAUCGGGAGUCCCGAUAAGUCUUGUUUCUUCUGCCACUGCAUGGCGACCAACGAGACCAACGCCCGCGGCCACACCGGUGUCUACCACUGGGGUGGAUCCAUGUGCCACAAGCGCGACGUCAGCACACCUUUCUGGCUAUUCGCCGCCGUAUCCAUUACGCUCGUCGCGACUGUCACGUUCGCGAUCGGUUUGCUGUUCAGCGUUGGCGAGGAGAAACUACCUGGUGUUAUUGGAGCAGGCGUUUCACGGUCCAAGUAAGUGUGAUGGCAAAGCCGGCUACUAUUACAUUGGUACCUAGGUAUGUACGAGUUACAGAUGCGAGGAUGACAGAGGAAGGAUCGAGGCCACCACCGCGAUGAUUCCUCCAAAAGAAAGAGGAAAAGAAAGGG